UAGGAGGUGGAAGUGAAAGUAAUCAUAAAAUGAAGGAAAAAUAAAUAAAAAUGUGGGAGCAGAGCAGGAGAAUCGUUCAAUAACAAGAUUUUGAUAGAGACGGUUUCAAAUCGGCGAAAGAGAAAAGGAAGCAGAAGCAAUGAAGAAGCUCGCAAGGAAGUUGCGGAAUUCGGAAGAUGAAAACCUCUCUCUUCCGAGUCACGACGACGAUUCUCGUCCCUUGGACUCUCAAGAGCAAGAAGAACUGGUUCGUUCCUUAGAAAGGAGUCAAGCUCAACAGAGUCGCUUAUGGAGGACGGUAUUUGCAACUCUAUUCUUCUGUUAUAUUGUCUUUCUUUUGUACUCCAUUUUCCACCAGGCUUCAUCACCCUGGGAACUGCGAUACCAUGCUUAUUUCAUGGAGGAGAUCUACUCGUGGAUGAUUAUAUCUGCAGAUUGGGUGGCUGUUUUAGCAUGCUCAUUUGCCAUCAUAGGACUGCUUCAUGAGUCAAUGCUUCGCACGAGAUGGAUCAAGUACUCAUGGUACACUGGCGUUAUUCUGGCAAUUUUCUGGUUAUAUUACAUGUUGAGGUUGCCAAAGUUUCGUUGGGAUGUUCUCUGGCUACCAUUUGGUCCUCUUAGUGCAGCUGCGAUCUGCCUCUAUGUGGAUCAUUUACUAACUGAGUCAUCAGAAGAGGUAAGAAAGCUUCGUGGAUACAUGUAUUCCUACAAAGCAAGCUAGAAUGAUGUUAUGCCUACGUGAUGAAGGAAUGCACCAAAAAAGCGUGUUGGAGCAGAAUGACGCGAAAAAGUAUCAACUAUUUUCAGUAUAUCAUAUGGAUUGACCAUAAUAUCCUUAUCAGCCGACAGGACGGAAAGGAGAUUAUUUCUUUUGUGGAUUCAGUUUACUCUUUUUUCGGAUUUCCUUUGGUUAGAUAAAAGCAGUUGAUGAAGAUGAGAACAGUAACCAGAUUAGAGACCAGCUAAUAGGAGUUAAGGUGACAUUUGGAGGUAAUGUCAUUUGUUUUUGUGACAAGGAGUUAGUAACAGUUUUAGAUCCUGUAUUUGAAAAUAGUUUAGCUUUACUGGUUAACUGAGUAAAUCACUUCUGUGUCAAUGUUUUGAUGAUAGUUUUAGCAUUUGCUUUUGGAAAAUUGCGUUGAGAUAUGUGUUUUAUUGUGUUCCGUAUUUCCAAGGAUCAAAUAGCUAUACAAUGCGGUUAUUUAUUCCUUCGUA